UCCUUGACGAAUAUUCAUUUCUCCGUAGAAGUCAGUAAAUCUGCCCAAAAAAAGCGUAAAGAAGUUCAUACUGCUAUACACAGCAAAAAAACUCGCACAAAAAGAGUUGCUCUUUACUCUGAAAAUAGGAGACCUGUAUUGAUGAAGAACAAUGAUCAGACUAACUAAAAUCAAACCCCGCCUGUUCCAGAUGCUUACAAAAAUCAAUCUACGGCCAGUAACGAGCAAGAGAAACUCCAUGUUCUCAGUUCAAGGUAUUUCCCUCGAUUUCAAAAACCCAAAGAAGACCGACCACAAAGGAAAGCUCUUUAUUAGUCGCAACAAGAGAAGCCUUAUGAAGAACGGAAGUGUAGAAGCUCAGAGAAAGAAGGAAAAUAAGGUCACCCAAAGCAUUGAUAGAUGUGAAGACAACAACCUUCUCGCUACAAACCCUUUCAGUAGUCUCUUAGUUAAUGGAAACAAGACUUUGCUGAAUAGAAAGCCAAAGACAAAGCAAAGGAAGAGAGAAAUCGUGUUUAACUCUAUGAAAAUAGGCCAAAAUAGGUCAAUAUACAUUAACCAGAGUAUCAACGAUAGGUAUAACAAACCCUUCAAGAGGAAAGUCAAGAAGAGCCUUAAAUAACUCUUGCAAGAUCAGGAAGAUAAAUACAUCUGUUCUCCGAAAAUCUUAUAACAAAAGUAUCAACGAAGAUUUAGCAACUGAAAAUAUCUCUAAAAAAACCAAACCCAAAGAGUUCUUCAUGAAACUCUCCAAAAUGGAAGCUCUCAUCGCUAUGGAAGAGAUCAAGAAUAUGAAGCUAAACAACAGAUCUCUCAAUAAGACAUUACUCAAGAAGAAAUCUGGGAACACACUGGAGGAUCUGCUCAAAAUCUCCACUUUUCUUCGGGACCAAGAUGACCUAUUCAAGAUGAACUAUGGUGGCAACCAUCGAAAGUCAAUGAGGAUGAGUCUCUAGGCUAAAAUUAUACCAGGUCAAUCUCCA